AUGUCUAUUGCCCUGCUGAGUUCACAUUUCUACGGCAGUACCAUUUUCCUCACUCUCAUCAGCAUUCAUCGGUAUGUGGCUGUGGUUCACUUCAACAGGAGCUCUUGUAUAAAGCGGAAGGAGUUUGUCAGGAAGCUCUGUGCUGGAGUUUGGUCUCUGCUACUGAUCCAGGCUCUGAUCUUUGCUUUUACUCUUCCUACCUCCACAGAAGGGAAAAACAAACAAUGCCUCUCCAUUCAUCAGACCAAACUGACAGAAUCCUACUUCGUCAUUAACUUUAUCCUGUUUAUCUUUGGGUUUUUACUCCCUUUCUUUGUGUCUGCUGCAUGCUAUAGCCGUCUCGCAAACACCUUAACUCGCUUAAACAUUAGCACAGCUAAAGGUCUGAAGGUGAAGGUGAAAUCUCAGAGGAUGAUAGGUGUGUGUCUGGUUAUAUUCGCUUUGUGCUUCCUGCCUCUGAAUGUGGUACGGACUGUCGGAGUCAUAUUAAAAAAAUACUACCCGCAACAAUGCCGUCUUCUCCUUCAGUUUGAGACGGCGUAUUACGCAACCUGGAUUUUUGCGGGAGUAAACAGCUGCCUGGAUCCACUGUUGUACUACUUCGGUUCGCAAAACUUUCGAGAUACCUUCCAGUCUUUCAGGAGGGGGCAGGUAGACAUUCAGAACAGAAGUGAUUCAGAAAUGACUGGAAAUUUCUAA